UCAUGCUGCUGCCAGGUCCACAGUCUCUCAUGGGUCCCUGUACGGCCUCCCAUUGCUGCUGUCUCCAUCGCCACACUCUGCCAUGUGCCACUUUCAGGUCUCCUCACACACUGCUGGUGUGUUCCAUUUUUUGUCAUAGGGUGCUGGCAGAUUACGGGCCUCCCAUUGCUGCUGCCAGGCCCGUAAUCUGCCAUGGGCCCCUGUACCGCCUCCUCAUGCUGCUGCCAGGUCCACAGUGUCUCAUGGGUCCCUGUACGGCCUCCCAUUGCUGCUGUCUCCAUCGCCACACUCUGCCAUGUGCCACUUUCAGGUCUCCUCACACUGCUGGUGUGUUCCAUUUUUUG